ACAGUAACGGGUGGAGGGGAACUACUAGUAGCGUGCCGGUAGAUGCAGGACGGACUGUAGAGAAUGUAGCGCCGAUGUUCCCAUCUUAGCUACAUUGUAUCCAGCCAGCAACGAGAAGAGAGCAGACCCGUCCAUAUUACUGCCGCUGUUUCAGAAAACAGGUUCAAGGAGAGGGAGUGAGCACAGGUGCAUGUGUCUGCAGGUCUGAGUGGCAAGACCAGGGAACUGGGCUUGUAACUCAGAGGUCUGGGCACUGUCAUGUACGCUUGAGCAAGCAGGAGUGGUUUCUGUGGUGAUGGACCCUCCUGACGGACGAGACGAGCGUGUGCAGCAGCAGGAGCGUCUGCAACGGGAAGAGGCUUACUACCACUUCAUCAAUGGGCUGAGCGAGGAGGAGUACCGCCUAAUGAGGGACAGCGAUCUACUGGGCACCCCUGGUGAUGUGACAGCAGAAGAGCUGCGGCAGCGUCUGGAUGGAGCGAAGGAACGUCUAUCAUCACAGCCCCACCCUGAGCCACGCCCACAGAGCAGUGAGAUGGGAGAGGAUGACGGGGGCAGUGGGGGUGUGGAGGCAGGCAGGGAGGCCUCCAAUGGCGACUCACUGCUUGAGUGGCUGAACACGUUCCGGCGCACGGGCAACGCCACGCGCAGCGGGCAGAGCGGGAACCAGACCUGGCGUGCUGUCAGCCGCACCAACCCCAACAGCGGCGAGUUCCGCUUCAGCCUGGAGAUCAACAUCAACCAUGAGCAGCCAGAGCCUGGUGACUUAACAGGUGACCCUGUCUCCGCCACGCUCACCCGCUCCACCCACAGCAGGAGGACGCAGGCGCGGCGUGCCCGCAACAGUCACGGCCCUGCUCUGAAUCCACCCCUGACCGUGGCUGAGCCCGAACAGCACAGCACUAGUCUGAGCCGGGUGAUUGCACUGGAUCAUCCCGCAGUCCAGCUGCAUGGUGGCCAGAGCAGUGACGCUCAGUCCCCUCCUCAGGAUACGCAGGAGGGCCUGGGCUGCCCACCCUCAACGCCGGCCCAGCCCGGCGUCCAGAGAGCUCCGCUCCGCAGCAGUAGGACUCGAUCACGGGGUCGGGGCCACAGGAUAGGUGGGGCUCACCGCCGUUCUUCACGACGCAGUCGCUCCCCGCUGCACAGACCCCCAACCCCUGACACUAGCCACGCCAACGUACCCGAGCCCCACGGGCAAGCCCAGGUUGCCAUGGAGAUGGCAGCGGAGCCAGCAGAAGAUGUGGCGCCCUUGACAGAGACAGCCACGGAAGCGGAGACUCAAGCAACGGGCGUCCGACGUCAUCCCACCAUCAUGCUGGAUCUGCAGGUGCGGCGGAUUCGUCCGGGGGAGAACCGAGACCGCGACAGCAUCGCCAGCCGCACCCGCUCCCGUGUCCGCACUGCUGAGAACACCGUCACCUUCGAAAGCGACAGCGGUGGAUUCCGCCGUACCAUCUCCCGGUCAGAGCGUGCCGGCAUUCGCACCUAUGUCAGCACCAUCCGCAUCCCGCUGCGCCGCAUCUCGGAGACCGGCUUGGGCGAGCCCAGCUCCACUGCGCUGCGCUCUAUCCUGCGCCAGAUCAUGACUGGCUUUGGUGAACUCAGUUCCCUUAUGGAGACAGAGGCUGACACUGAGGCCACUGUGCCUGACCCCCCGCAGGCUUACCAUAUUCACAGCAAUGAAGAGGCUGGGCCCCAGGAGCAACUGGAGCGGCGCAGUACAGAAGGCCAAGGUACUGCAGGGGGGAGCGGGGAUGAGGAGCGGACACGUGUGGGUGGGGCUACUGGUGAGGGGCGGGGCACCACCAGGGACACCAACAACCUGGUGGAGAAUGGCACCCUGCCAAUCCUGCGCCUCGCGCACUUCUUCCUCCUAAACGAGGAAGAGGAGGAUGAGCACCCACAUGGCCUGACCAAAGAGCAGAUUGACAAUUUGUCCACUCGCACCUAUGGCCAGGCUAGCUUGGAGGGCGAACUAGGACGCACCUGUAGCGUCUGCAUCAAUGAGUACACCCAAGGCAACAAGCUACGGCGGCUGCCGUGUGCUCAUGAGUUCCACAUCCAUUGCAUUGACCGCUGGCUUUCCCAGAACAACACCUGCCCCAUCUGUAGACAGCCCAUUCUGGCCACUGCCCAGGACUGACCCCACCCACCCAGACUGAUAAACCCCUCCCCCCUCCCUGCACCAAAAAGUGGAUGUGGCCUCUGUAAAUAAUGGCUUUGUUUUAAUUCACUCUUAUCUUUAUCCUAUAUAUUGAAUUUAAGGUGAAACCAAGAAACUAGUUGACAGGAGAGGAAAAAAUGGCAACAUUGUCCAGCAGUAAAGCUAUUGUGUUUUAGUCUUUAUGCUUUCAGUUUCCAGCGCAGCACUUUGUCUCUAUAUGGCUUCAGAAAAACUGAUUGUAAACGAAUGCAUCAGCAGCAUCUUCAUAAACUGUAGACUUCACGGCCUCAUACUUGCCUUUCACUGGGGGAAGCGUUCCAAGCCAAACCCAUUUCACUCAAACAACCUCCAGGCCUGGGACCCUGACAGCGACAUGUAAAUACAAAUCACUGCCAAAACCUGCAGUUUUUAUUUACACUUGCCAUUUGAACACAGGCAAAACUAAACCACUUGUCUGUCCAUCAUCAAGACAUCAGAACAGUUGAAAUGAUGUUAUUUCACCCGGUUGUUUGUGUAUGUGUGUGGCAAAGGGGUCAUGGACCUCCCUGUGUAUAGGAUGGGAUUUUAUGUUGAUUGUUGCUGUUUUUAUGAUUAGGAGGUGACCUGAUGCUGAAAGGACGUGCACUACAUUACUGUCCACCUUCUGCAACUUGCACCUACACACCUUUUUAGUCGUUAUCUCAGUGUAUGUCAUCUCUGCAUUUAUACUAUUCUGUCCCUUAGUUCCCCUAACAAGUCAUGCAUGCAUGAAGGGUGCUAAACAAUGAUUGAUUUUGGUUUGGGGUUUUUUGUGGGUGGGGUGGGAGGCUGGGGAGCACUUGUUUGAGAUGUGAUGAACUUUAUCAAUGUUAGUACAUCUCUGAGGUACAUAAAAUCAUUUUCUGUAAGUAAACCCAAGAAUGUCAUUGCAUUAAAGAGGCACUCCAGUGAUGUGUUGUACAGUGCCCUCCACAAUUAUUCACACCCUUGAUAAAGAUCUACAAAAUUCUAUGAUACAAAUA